AUGGCUGCCAUCAUGAACAAGACCGCCGUCGCGCCUGCUGUCGCCAAGACUGGCAUUUUCGCCAGCAAAUGGGCCGUCGAAAGCGCCCUCAACACCAUCACGUCGCCUUCGCCCGCGGCCGCUUCCGCCCCGGCCGCCGUGCCGGUUGUCAAGACUGGCAUCUAUGCCAGUAAGUGGGCCACCGAAAAGCCCCUCAACACCACCAUGACACCCUCCUCUUCUCCCGCUGCGCCGCUAGCCGCCAAAACCGGUGGCAUAUACGAAAGCAAAUGGGCGCCUCGCGACCCCACCACCACCACUGCCGCUCCGCCAACACCAGCACCCGCGACCAGCACCAAGGGUCCGACUUCCCAGCCGGCGCACACCCGCAAGGGUGGGGCAGCCACCAAGAAGUCGGCCCCGACAACCACCCCCGCCAUCGUGUCCGGCUCCGACUAUUCCUGGAUGGCGUGCAGCAUCCUCCCGGCGCCAUCAACUCGGCCAGGCCGUGUCAUCGGUAGUAGAUGGGAUCCUGCCAACGCCUCCCCCGGUCCGUCAGCUCCUGUGCCAGUGGAGGGCAAGGAGCUGGACGCAGCAACCAAACCGGCGAGCGACAAGAGUGGUGUUCAUGCUUCGAGGUGGGCUUGCUAG